AUGUUAAAAAGACAUACUGAUGACUGCUUUGAUAAAUCUUUUAUUAUUCUUUUUAUGUGGACUGUAUGUUUUCGUGUGGCAUUAACGAUUGUAGUGAAUCUCAUCCUAGCAUUCUUCCCUGCAUGUAGUUCGGCCCUGUUAUCCUGGGCACACGCAGUGUGGCUUCAACCAUUACUAGGGGUUGUGAUUCCCGUAAAGAAUGAAAAAUGGAUUCCUACAUUAGCGCUUCGGUUGCUGCCCUCCUCGCUCAUUGUUGCUCUGGGAGGACUUUAUCGAUGUUCCAUUCUAAGAGUUAGUUCCAAUACUUACAAAAAUAAAAAGCAAGAGCUUGUGGUACGAAACAAUACAAGCUCAUUUUUCACACAUCAGCUGCUUCAUACUCUCUGGCUAUGCAGCUUUGUAAUCACUGCCCUUUUUCUACCUUCAUGUCUUUCUGCCUUACUGCUCAUUGCCACACCCCUGGCUCUUAUCAAACAGACUCUUCCAGGGCUGUUGGAGUCGAAUCACUAUCAACCGUCGAAAGAACUCUACUUAAACAUUCAACUUUAUUAUCUACAAUGUGCUCUAGUAUUUGUAUUGAUUGUCAUAGGUGUUUCUGAAAACGAUGAGGUGUUUUGGAUGCUCCAGAAGCUUCUUGGGGACUCUAACAUCUCCUUUAUCGGCCUUUUUCGUGUUUCCAAAACUGGAGGAGGAAUUCUUUGGUGGCACAUCGCGCACUUUCUAGGGAUGAUAGUUUGUGCAUGGUUCACAGAGGCUCUUAUUGCCAAAAGGCAUAGCUAUACGUGUGAGGUGCAGGAAAUCCUACUCCAAAAUGCGCCACACCUAGCAGCGUCCGAUGAGACCCAUGAUGGAUCUCAACCACCCUUAUCAUCCUUUAUUUUACUAUUCAAGUCUUUAGUAUGGCGUGCUCAACUGUUUGUAGGAUGCAGUGUGUGCAAUACGGCCUUUUUCCCUAGCCUUCCUUCCGUUAGUUUGGUUUUUAUCAGCUUUUUCAGCUCUCAGGGAUUAGGAUUAACAACGGAGAAGGGAACUUCGUCGAGUGUCUUUACCGCCCUGCACGUGACCACGAUUUUUACUGCCUCUGUAAUGGUUCUAAUACAGUAUAUCCUUAAUGCUGCCACCCGUUCUUUAUUAUUUCCCAUCGAUCACUGGGUGGUGAAAAUUUUCAUAAGUGAUGCGAAUAACAAGGCUUUGUGUGUAAUGCAGUUCACAAUAAAUGUCAUGUUGUUGGUGUGGCUGGUCGUACUUUCACAUCGGUCGACGAAACCCCUAUCCAACCCUACCCCUGCGGCCCUUCACGCAACCAAAGAUACGGAGCCGGUAUCCAGUGAGCCCGACGUUGGGUUCGCCCCGGACCACCCCGAUGACCUCCUGGUGCGAUCCCCCACGGCCUCCUGCUCAAGUGUGGCAACCCUUCCACCUGAACCCCGCGCGCCCCGGCUCCGCCACCCCCCCCACAAGGGCGCUCCCUCUCGUCCCACACCCGUGUGGAAGGCCUCCUUACCCUCCAUCGCGCGCCUGCUCGGGCUGGGUGGCCUCCUUGGCCUUGUGGUUUACCACAGCCUGCAACAGGGCGGGCUGGACCUCCUGCACGGGGCUCUUCUCUGGACGGUCCUCGGCCUUGGGAGGGGGGGAGAGGGGGGGGAUUCCCUCGAUGGCCCUGUCCCUUUGUUCUGUGUCAACGCGGUCACGGGGGUGGUGCUGCUGUCACAGAUCCUGCCCAGCUUGGAGGACCCCAACGCGUGUGUGGGGUCCACCGCGCUGAGGUUCACCACCCUAGGGCUGCGCAGGCUGACAAGCCGCUGGGAGGCCCUCCCUUAUCUCACCUCCGGGCUACUUCUCCGGGCCUUGGGCCGCCCAACCCCCGGGCAUCCAAAUUGGGCAAAGUGGACCCCCUGGGGAGGGCCGUGGAUUUUGGUCGGGAUGGGGCUAUCCAUGUGGAUGAAACUGUACGCCCCGCGAGGGGUCUUUCACCACCUCGCGUUUCUGCUUAAUUUGGGGGUGGGAAUUGCCUUUGCGAUGGUGCAAAAAGACGCGGCGCGGUGGGUGAUUCGAUUAGCCACGAUCCACGCCGUGGUGGCGUGUGGGAUGACCACUAUCGCAUCGACACUACAACUGCGGGAGGUGGUGAUUGGGGUUGUAAUGAGGAAUUUACCGGAUUGCCAAACGGAGGAGCUUGCGCGAGGGUGUGUUCGCGAGCUUCUGGGCUUUCCGGCGACCCCCGUGGUGAACGAUGCGGAAGAAGGCGUCGGGUUAGCGCUCGGGAUCUUGCACUGGGGAAUUCUGCUGCUGCUGCUUCGGCUGAAAAUUGCCCCGGCGUGUGAAUCCCUCAACGAAGACGACCGCAAUGAGGACUAUGAGAGUGCUUGGGUGUUAAACUUCCUAACCCCCGAUGAGGAGAGAUUUCCUCAUGCUCAACCAUGGUCAAUAAGUUUUUUUUUCGAAAACGCGCUUCACCCCAAUGGCGGUCUUCGGGUGCUAGCUUUGGUGAGCAUCGUGUUAGGCCAAGCCGCGCUCGGGAUCGCCGCGCUACGACACCCGAGUUUGCUAAACGCGGGGUAUGGGAUAUUUCUCCUGAUGGAUGGCCUGUCAUCCCCUUUUUUACCUCUUUAUAUGGGGCUCCACGCGAGUCUGUGGGGGAUCUAUCAACUGCGUUGGGUUCCAACAAUUACGACCAUCAUCCCUGGUCUUUUUACAUGGGGGGAGGGGGUUCGUCUAGAAACCUUCCUAGGGCUUUGGAAGCUUUCCGGGAGUCCUCCGUGGGGUCCAACGGAGGAAGUGUGGAUUUUCUUUUUUUUAGCCCUGGGCAUGAUGCUGUACCACGCCACCUGGCCUUUUCUCCCCUCUCACUUCCUUCACUACUACCAGGACAGCUACUACACCCCGCGAUGGUGGGGAUUUCUCUCCGUCCAGCUUCUGCCAAGCCUCGGUUUUGAGCUCCUGGCUUUGGUCCUUCUUCUGGCCCUGCAUUUGACCAUUUCCUCGGGCCUGGCGAUCGGGUUCGCGGUGGGGGUCGGGCUGAUCUGCGUGGCAGGCCGCUCGAGACUCGCGCGGCGGCCCUCCUGGCUCUGCGCACUGCGGCUUCUACUGACCUUGACUUUUCUCUGGAUGGCCGCAGUGAGGUUCGGACAGGCCAUACAGACAAAACGCGAGGCUACAAGAGAGGAUUCCCGCGUGAGGUGGGAAGAAUGGGGUUGGGGGAACUGCGGGGGGGGAGGCGCCGCGCUGAGCUGCUGGGCCUGCGUGGUCGCCCUUCUGAAUUACCGCCGCGUGGUCCCCAUAGUGGAGCAUCGGCUGAACCUCGAUGCGAUGCACCAUGGAGGUCAUGAUAACCUCUUCGAUCUCCUUCAAGUGCAGCGGGUUCGGGAUCUUUUUCGGCUCCCGCGCGAGGAAUUCGAACGGAUCGUUCCUGACUUUCUGUACCAAGCGAGCUGCGUCUCGCGAUUGAUGAAGCCCAUUAUCUCCACGUUCGACUCCCUCUACCCGCUGCUGAUCUGCUCCUGUGUGCUCGUAAUCACCUCGACUUCUCUUUUAACUAUUGCGGUCACGCUGGGCACCCUCUUAUAUGUCUGGAAUUUGCAGUCGAUUCAUCUCUCGUUAUUUAUGAAUUGGCGUAAAAUAGCCCCUUUAAGCGGUCUCCCUCUCCUUAUUUCGCUGCUGUCUAAUGUUCCAGGGGUGAAAAUGUGGUGGGCGGCGCACACCCCUCACUUAGGAGUUUUACUGGGGUUUCUCGAACGUUCGCCAGAUGCCAUCCGGCCUGUAAGCUUUGCGAUCUCGCACGUCAUCCUGCUCUUUUGUGUAAUCUUGCAAACAAAGGUGUAUAAUGAAUACCAGUAUAGCUCUAUUCUGAGGAAACUUCACGCUGACGCAUGGAGUCGCUCGGAGAAAUGCAAACCACCAAAGGAGUCACCAAACAGCAUCCCCAUAAAUAUUAAUAAAAAGAGAAAUUAA